AUGCAUCUGGAACCUGGUGCCGGAGGGGGCUCCCGGAAGGGCCGAGGCAGAAUCUUCCUGGUGGCUGCCGCCAUGGAAACCCAUGAGAGCAGCACCCGUGUGAGGAACAGGCCUCAGGACCACAGAAAACAAAAACCAGGUGCAAGGUCUUCUAGCAAUGGUAAGAAGUGCGGGGGCCUUUACAGUUCAGAUGAGCCCGCAAGGCAAAAUGGGAAGAAAGUAACGUCCAGACCAUCAUCUGCUCCCCAGAUUGUUCAUGGCAAUGACCAUGCCAGUCGGGAGGCCGAAUUAAAGAAGAAAAGGGUUGAAGAGAUGAGGGAGAAGCAGCAGGUUGCUCGGGAGCAAGAGAGACAAAGACACAGGACCAUGGAGAGCUAUUGUCAGGAUGUCCUGAAACGUCAGCAGGAGUUUGAACAAAAAGGCUGUUUUCUACAGGAAGAAGUUUUGCAGGAAUUAAAUAUGUUUCCUCAGUUGGAUGAUGAGGCCACAAGGAAGGCCUAUUAUAAGGAAUUCCGGAAGGUGGUAGAGUACUCUGAUGUGAUUCUGGAAGUCCUAGAUGCCAGAGACCCAUUGGGCUGCCGGUGUUUCCAGAUGGAGGAGACUGUCCUCCGUGCAGAAGGCAACAAGAAGCUGGUCUUGGUCUUGAAUAAGAUAGACCUGGUUCCCAAGGAGAUUGUGGAAAUUAGUGAUGCACAUUUUUGUAAUAUUCCCCAUUUCCAGACUCGGUGUAAAGUUCCAGUGGACCAGGCCUCUGAGUCACUGUUGAAAAGCAAAGCCUGCUUUGGAGCUGAAAACCUCAUGAGGGUCCUGGGGAACUACUGUCGUCUGGGGGAAAUACGUGGCCACAUUCGUGUGGGUGUUGUAGGCCUUCCCAAUGUGGGGAAGAGCAGUCUGAUCAAUAGCCUGAAGCGCAGCCGUGCGUGUAGUGUGGGAGCUGUUCCUGGUGUCACAAAAUUCAUGCAGGAGGUCUACCUAGACAAGUUUAUCAGGCUGCUGGAUGCACCAGGCAUUGUCCCAGGACCCAAUUCAGAGGUGGGCACCAUCCUGCGUAAUUGCAUCCAUGUGCAGAAACUGGCAGACCCUGUGACCCCGGUGGAGACCAUCCUUCAGCGCUGCAACCUGGAAGAGAUUUCCAACUAUUAUGGUGUGUCUGGAUUCCAGACUACUGAGCACUUUCUGACUGCAGUGGCCCAUCGUUUGGGAAAGAAGAAGAAGGGAGGUGUCUAUAGUCAAGAACAGGCUGCCAAAGCUGUGCUGGCUGACUGGGUGAGUGGGAAGAUCAGCUUCUAUACACCACCACCGCCCACUCACACUCUGCCCACCCAUCUCAGUGCUGAGAUUGUUAAGGAGAUGACUGAGGUCUUUGAUAUAGAAGACACUGAGCAGGCCAAUGAAGAUACCAUGGAAUGCUUAGCCGUGGGAGAAUCCGAUGAGCUGUUGGGUGACAUGGACCCCCAAGAAAUGGAGGUCAGGUGGCUCCAUUCUCCACUCGUGAAAAUAGCAGAUGCCAUUGAAAAUAAAACCACCGUGUAUAAGAUUGGAAAUCUCACUGGGUAUUGUACCAAACCAAACCGUCAUCAGAUGGGGUGGCCUAAACGCAAUGUGGACCAUCAUUGCCCCCAAAAUAACCGUGUAGUGGAAGUCAGUUCAGUGGACCGCCGCCCGAUGUUGCAGAGGAUCCUGGAGACAGACCCACUUCAACAAGGCCAGGCGCUGGCAUCUGCCUUGAAGAAUAAGAAAAAAUUGCAGAAGCGUUCAGAUAAAAUCGCCACUAAGUUGUCUGACUCCAUGAUGUCUAUGCUUGACCUCUCUGGCAAUUCUGAUGACUGUGCUGAUGACUGAGCAGCUGACCUUCCCCUCAUACUGCAAGUACUGCUUCCUGUGGGACGGGAGAAUCCAGAUGCCUUUCCAUUCUCCCUGAUGUACUCACAUAGUCAAAAGCCUCCAUAUCAUGUAUCUUCUGCUGCAGUGCCCUCCCUUCUUAUCAAAGGUCUGGAGCUGCCAAACCCCAAUACCCUCUAAUCCUUUGUGUUUGUUUUUGUGGUGCCAGGAAUUGAACCUAAUAGGUCCUCACACACGUUAGACAACCAUUCUAUUACCAAACUGUAGUAUUUUCAUCAUCACUAUCAUGAAUACAUCAUUAUCAUUGGGGAGUCUGCUCACUCAGCCUCCCAAGUACAGGCUUUUGCCACCAUUCCCAGCUUCCACUGUGUUUUACAAGGUAAAUGAAAUCAGCAGACUCUUGGCAUGGUGGCAACAUUGGCCUGUAACCCUGACACUUGGGAGACUGGAGCUAGGAGGACUGCAAGUUAUAGGCCAGCCUGAACUGUCUGGCAAGACCCUUACUCAACAAAACACAAAUAAGCAGAGUCCAACUGGGCACAUACCUUUAAUCCUAGCACUCUGGAGGCAGAGGAGUUUCAGGCCAGCCUGGUCUACAGAGCAAGUUCCAGGACAGCCAGGGCUGCAUAGAGAAAGCCUGUUUGGAAAAAACAAACACUAAAACAACAACAAAAAAUUUGUAAUUAUUAAAAAAGCAAAUAAACAGAGUCCAAGUGUUGACAGUGUACCUUGCACUCUACAUUCCUGUGUCCUACCCUGUCAGUUAGGCUGAUAAGGGUUAACCUCUUGGACAGGUUCUAAAUGCUAGACUGCUGAGAAACCUGGUGGUGGUGGUGGCAGAAGUGGCGGUUGUCCCUAGAUGAGUGAUCCUUUUUGUUUUUAUCACCCUAUCUCAGUGCCAAGGCUCUUGUCUGUUAUUUUCCAAAUCAAUAGGUAGGUUCUCAUCUGGGUAAUGUAGGAGUAGAGGACAAUGGUGAGUCUUCUGUCUCUGGAAGUGUCUGGGAAUAGGAUAGAGGAUGAAGAUUCUAGAAGGAGCAUACCUAUCAUAGUAUGUUGGAAAGCCAUUGGCUGCAGGAUGUUCAGGAAAUGUAGACCAUACCUGUUUUCUGGAUGGUUAGGGGCUGAGCACAAACUACUAAACUCGGAGAAUCAGUACUGCCUUUAAGCUUAAAUAUAUCCCCUGCCAGGAAGGGUAAGGCUCAGAGGCUGAUAGAAUGUACUCAUAUCAACAUUAAGUAAGGUGGUGUGCUAGGUUUAAAGCUUGAGUCUAGGGGUUGGGAUUUAGCUCAGUGGUAGGCGCCAAGGCCCUGGGUUCGGAUCCUCAGCUCCAGGAGAAAAAAACUUAAAAAAAACUUGAGUCUAAUUAAAUCUUUUGUAGCCUUUUGUUUGUAUUAUUUUGCCUUCUCAACAAAGGAACACCACUCUGUAAUGUUUUCUGUCAUCAUGUAUUUAAAAUAGAUUUUCUCUACUCUUUUUUUUAAAAAAAAAACAAAACAGUAGUAUUUUAUGGAAAACUAUCCUUUCUAAGUCUCUUUAAAUGAUGUCUAACUUAAUUCACUGAUUUCAUCUUAAGUUUUGGUAGACAAUAAUGUAUUAGAAAUAAAAGCAUCUAGAUUCUUGGGAGCAUAAUCAUGUCAAAAUGAAAUAGAACUAAAACCAGCUGUGUGGCUCACACCAGUACUCCAAGAACUCAGGAUGCUGAAGCAGGAAGACGACUAUGAAGUUAAGUCCAGCCUGGGCUGCAGACUAAGAGGCAGUCUCAAAGCAAAACCAAACAGUCUGGGACUCUAGAUAUUCUAACUCUAAUGUAUCUCAAGGUGGCGGGUAGCGUGUGCAUGCACAGACAGAAGGUCUCCCCCAUAUAACCCAGUGUGAUCCUGAAUUUUUUAGCCCACUAAUUAGCUUUCUAAGUACUGGGAUCGUGGGUGUUUGCUGUCAUGCCUGACUAGUUCUUUAUUCUUAAAACAAAUUUCUGGAUCUUUAAAAAAAUCCUUUUUAUACAGUAAAUCUCAUCCUUUAUAAUUUUAAGUUCUGUAAGUUUGGACACCUUUUAACAGGGGUGGUCUGCCACCAUAAUCAAGAUAGAGAAUUUUUAUGGCAUUGUCCCCAAACUUACUGUGUCUCCUGUAGUAUAGUCCUGUCCCCAUCCUAAGAGCCUAGCAGGCCCAGAGCUCUUUCCUGUUCCGUAGUAUGAUGUUGUAAGUCACACAGGAGCUCAUUUUAUGGCAUUAAGCUUUUAGCUUUUUCCUUCUAAACCUUACAUUCACGUUAGAUGCGGUUGUAUAAGCUCCGAUAAAUGGACACAGACGAGUAAUCAUGAACAGAGGACAGAAGAGUUCUAUUAGUCUCCCCUCCACCAUUCCUGGUAUUUCAUAGUCAAAUCUUGUUCUCUCCCUGACAUUCACUGACGUGUGCUUUCACUUUAUGGACUGUCUUUUGAAAAGAGUUGUAAGUGGAAUUUAAUAGUAUGUAACUUUUGAGAAUAAUGUGCUAGAAAUUAGAGAUUUAAAAUCCGUAUCACUGGAUGUAUCAAUAGUUUUGAUUUCUGUUUCAUAUGCUAUUGUGUGGAUGUCUUACUGCUUAUUCAACCCCAAGUUGGAGGACAUUCGUUACAGUUGAGGAGGAAGUUGUGAAUAAAGCUGCUAUAAAACCUUG